CUUCUGGAACAGCCGAGCAACUUCUGUCCUCAAGAAAAAAAGGCAGAAAAGGAGCAAAACUAACCGAAACGGAGCUAAUAAUGGACACUUAAUCGACAUAUCGGGUGUUUAAUAUUUCCCGGGUGUUGUCUGCUGGCGGCUGGAGGCGGAAACAACGCGAUUAAAAGAAGAAGAAGAAGCAGCAACAGGAGGUUAACAUGGCGGACGACAGCAGGCUCCCAACUGACUAAUAACAAACAACACAACGCCUUUUAGUCUUAUUAUCUUCUGUUACGCGUUUCAUGGAUAACCGGAGCUCCGCCGCACCGGGACGCCGUCGCCAGUGAGGCCGCAUGGCGUCCACCCAAACCCGGCUUGGCCAGCAGGCCGUGGCGCUGCUGGAUGUGGCUCUCAGAGUGCCCUGCAUCUUUAUUAUAGACGCCAUCUUUAACUCCUACUACGACCCCGGCUCAGGAUGGGCUGCUGCCAUGUGGAAGGUGCUGCUCCGGGUCACGGGAGUCCUCGUCUCCACGGUGGUGCUGCUUCUCUCCCAGAAAGCCUUGUUUAAGUUCUACACCCUCUUCUUCGCCGUCAUGCUCGGCGUGGUGGCGGUCCUCAUCAACUACUACGCCACCUCACACAUAGACUUCUACAGCGCCUACUACAAGGCGGCGCUGGGCUUCCGGCUGCUGCCCCGGAACGGACCCACGCUGUGGCUCGGCAUGGCGGCCGUCCAGCUGAUGUUCGGCGUGGGCUACGUGUUCCUGCUCAACCUGCAGUCGGUGCUGGCGGCGCUGGUGGUGCUGGACAUCAUGAUCCCUCUGUGGGGGCUGAUGAUCGAGCUGCCGGUGGACGUGAGGCAGCUGGUGGCGGUGUUCUCGGGUCUGGCGUUGGCCCUGAACACGGCCGUGUGUCUCGCCGUGAGGCUGAAGUGGUUCUACUACUCGUGCCGCUACGUGUACCUGCUGGUGAGGCACAUGUACCGGAUCUACGGGCUGCAGCUGCUGCUGGAGGACACGUGGAAGAGGAUCCGGUUCCCCGACGUGCUGCGCGUGUUCUGGCUGACGCGGGUCACGGCGCAGGCGCUGAUCCUGGUCUACGUGGUGCGGGCGGUGAGGAGGGAGAGCGGAGACGCAACGGGGGGAGCGACGGACGGCGGCUCGGACGCUCAGGGCUACCUGCUGAGCUGGGACGUGUUCUGGGAUCUGACCAGUAACCUGAUCAUCUCGGGCUGCGACUCCACGCUCACCGUGCUGGGGAUGAGCGCCGUCAUCUCCUCGGUGGCUCACUACCUCGGCCUCAGCAUCCUCGCCUUCAUCGGUUCUACGGAGGAAGAAGAUAAACGUUUAGGGUUCGUGGCUCCGGUUCUGUUCUUCAUCCUCGCUCUGCAGACCGGACUCAGCAGCCUUCAUCCUGACGAGCGUCUUCGUAACAUGUGCCUUCUCCUGACGGCCAUCCUCCACUUCAUCCACGGCAUGACCGACCCCGUCCUGAUGUCCCUCAGCGCCUCUCACGUCUCCUCUGUCCGCCGCCACGUCCCCGUGCUGCUGGUGUCUCUGGCGCUCUUCGUGCUCCCCGUGGCGCUCAGCUACGCUCUCUGGCAUCACUACGCUCUCAACACGUGGCUGUUCGCCGUCACCGCCUUCUGCGUCGAGCUCUGCCUCAAGGUUGUCGUGUCCUUGACGGUCUACGGUCUCUUCAUGGCCGACGGUUUCUCCAACGUCUUGUGGGAGAAGCUGGACGACUACGUCUACUACGUCCGCUCCACGGGGAACAUCAUCGAGUUCCUGUUCGGCGUCAUCAUGUUCGGCAACGGCGCCUACACCAUGAUGUUCGAGUCGGGCAGCAAGAUCCGCGCCUGCAUGAUGUGCCUCCACGCCUACUUCAACAUCUACCUGCAGGCCAAGAACGGCUGGAAGACCUUCAUCAACCGCCGCACCGCCGUCAAGAAGAUCAACUCUCUGCCCGAAGUCCGCGGCGACCAGCUGAGCGACAUCGAGGACGUCUGCGCCAUCUGCUACCAGGAGUUCGCCACGUCGGCCCGCAUCACGCCGUGCCACCACUACUUCCACGCGCUGUGCCUGAGGAAGUGGCUCUACAUCCAGGACACGUGCCCCAUGUGCCACCAGCGGGUCUACGUGGAGGAGGAGAGCCGAGACCGAGCCGCCUUCUCCAACAACAACGGGGGCUACGCCGCUCCGCCGGACCCCGACGCCCCGCCCGCCGCAGACGGGGAGGACCAGCUGGUGGAUGACCCCCCUGGUGACGGAGCGGUGGGGGGGGUAGGGGCGGCGGCGGCGGAGGGAGAGCUUGAUAACGAACUACUGGAGGAUAACGACAGCAUAGAGUACGAUGAAGACGAGUGGGGGACGCAAAACGGAGGGACGCCGAUAGAAGAAGAUUAUAUCAACGAUGACACAGACUCCACAGAGGACUGAGAAUAAUACAAACUAAUGAGAUCUAUAGAAGAAUAUACAUAUAUAUCUUUAUUAUAUUUAAGUUAAAAAACAAAAAAAAGAAUUAUAAAACAGAAAUUCAGCGACUUUAAUUUUGUUCUUGAACAAUGUCAGGGAUGUCUUUCUCUUCUUUUCUCGUUAGUUUCUUUUUUGUUUAGUUUUUCUUUUUUUUUUGAGUUUGGGUUUUUACUCUAUAAGGGCUCAAGGAAAGAGUAACUGCUGCUCUCAUUCUCUGUGUGUGUGUGUGUGUGUGUGUGUGUGUGUGUGUGUGUGUGUGUGUGUGUGUGUGUGUGUGUGUGUGUGUGUGUGUGUGUGUGUGUGUUUUGGGGCUGCAUGAUGUCGACCAUAAACAUCCUCAUUUUUUCUUUUUCUCUUUAUCACAGAUUUUUUUUGUCGGCUCAGCUGUUUCUCAUCUAAUUAUUUAUUUCCCCACAUCGCCAAAAAAAAAAGAAAA